CCGGAGUCCGCGUCCGCGAGACGAGCGCGCGCGGUUCGGAGAGAGAGGGAGAGAACAGGAAGUUCGCAAAUCUACGAAACAAACAAAAAAACAUUUUUUUGUUUAAAUUAAAUAAAUUGAUCAAAUAAAAAUAUAUAUAAAAGUCACGAACAUGGACAAAUUAAGAGCGUACUAGUGUGCUGAUCGCUAUCGGAGCGAGGUUUAGAACAAACAGGAACUGUGUCAUCUCUCCCCCUCGCCGAGUUGCGCUAGCUUAGCUUAGCGUAGGUUAGCUUAGCAUAGCUUAGCUGACAAGGCUAAAAGCUAAAAGAGAGAGGUGAAAAAAGAAGGGACGGAGCCGUUUACACACAUACACUCACUCACACACCUUUCUGGCUCGGUUACUAAUUAUAAAUCUAAAACACGGAGAAGGAUUAUUAUAAUUUUUUUUAAUUCGUUAUCUUUUUUGUUUUUGUUUAUAUACAUCCGGGUCAGUUAGGAAAGUUACACACGCACGCUCACUCACUCGCACACGGGGUCAGGCGCGCGCGCGCUCAGGCACGCACGGAACCGAAGGCCUGUAUGAGUGUGUGUGAGAGAAACAACACGACUUUAUAUUCGUGAUAAUAUUAAUAAUAAUAAUUUAUAACGCUGAAGAUGUCGGCUCAGGCGCAGAUGCGGGCCAUGCUGGACCAGCUGAUGGGUACAAGCCGAGACGGAGACACCAUGCGGCAGAGGAUCAAGUUCACAGAUGAAAGAGUGUGUAAAAGUCACUUACUGGAGUCCUGCCCUCACGACAUCUUAUCAGGGACGCGCAUGGACCUGGGCGAGUGUGUAAAGGUCCACGAUCUGGCGCUGAGGGCGGACUAUGAGAUCGCCUCCAAACACCAGGAGUACUUCUUCGAGCUGGACGCUGCCGAACACUUGCAGUCGUUCAUCGCCGACUGUGACCGGAGGACCGAACUCGCCAAGAAACGACUGGCCGAGACUCAGGAAGAGAUCAGCGCCGAGGUCGCUGCCAAGGCGGAGCGCGUGCACGAACUCAACGAGGAAAUCGGUAAGCUGUUGGCGCGUGCGGAGCAGCUGGGUGGAGAGGGGAACGUGGACGAGGCGCAGCAGGUCCUGGAGAAGGUUGAGAAAACACGGGCUCUUAAACGAGAGGCGGAGGACAUAUACCGGAACUCCAUGCCAGCCUCCAGUUUCCAGCAGCAGAAGCUGAGGGUGUGUGAGGUGUGCUCCGCCUACCUCGGUCUCCAUGACAACGACCGCCGCCUGGCCGACCACUUUGGCGGGAAACUUCACCUGGGCUUCAUCGAGAUCCGGGAGAAGCUGGAGAAGCUGAGGAAAGCGGUGGUGGAGAAGCAGGAGCGGAUGCGCAUGAAACGGCGAGAGGAGCGUGAACGAGAGGAGGAGAGACAGCGGGAGUGGGAGAUGGAGAGAGAGAGGGAGAGAGAGCGUGAACGCGAGAGAGAACGAGAGCGAGAGAGAGAGCGCGAGAGGGAACGGGAGAGGGAGAGAGAGCGCAGGAGGUCCAGAUCUCGCAGUGGGGACAGAUACAGGGAUGGUGGAAGCUCAUCGUCUCAUCGCUCGCGGCGUCAUCGCUCAUCCCACUCCAGAGACCGGGACCGAGAGAGGAAGCACAGACAUAAAGAACGACAUCGCUCUCGCUCCCACUCUCACAGGAGGAAGAAGAAGAGGUCAUCACACACUCGCGAGCGGGAGCGCUCCGUGUCACAGGAGCGAUGGAGGGAGUACGGAGGAGGGGACGAGCGAUGGAGGGAAGAAAACCGGAGGGACGCGGAGCGGGAGCCGGGCGAGAGAGAGCGGUCGACGUCGUCCCCGGAGACGGGCAGGCCGAAGGGCAGAGAGAGAUCCGUGUCUGUGGAGAGAGAGAACCGCUCCAGCUCAGAGGAGAGAGAGUCCGGAGAGAUAUAAACAGAUAGAGAGAGAGAAUGAUGUCGGUUGCUUUGCUUUCACAUGACUUCCUGUCCUUUAUUUUCUCCGUGUGUUAGCUGACUGGGUGACGGGCUCGGCAGAGACGCACAGUGUCUCCUUAACAAGAUGAAUUUUAGCACAAUUAGGCUUCUUUGUUUUUUUGUUUUUUUUUUCCUUUCCGAGAACAGCACACACACACACAAGCAGUUUUUUUUCUUCUUCUUUUGAUGACUACAAACAAAACAUUAAACAAAAGAUUUCAUCCUCAACUCUGCAUGUCCUUUGUUUAGGAUUCUGGCUCUUUAAAAUAAUUUUUUUAAUUAAUUUAAACACAAAAAAUAUAUAUAUUUUCCACAGACUUUCUUUUAAGGUCUUGUUUUUUUUUUGUUUUUUUUUUAAUAAAUUUGAAUCAGCAGGGGGUCUGGGUUGCAGCCCUGCAGAGAGACCAUGCGGUGUGAGAGUGCGCAGAACUCUGAUAUCAGAUAUUUCACACAAAUCGUCAUGAUUUAUUUGCUCGUCUUUUCACUUCUGUCCGCCUGACUGACUUGACAAAUUGUAGUUAAUGCACAGUUACGCAAACCUAAGGCCGCAAUCGUCGUCACGGGUGACAACAGACGAUCACUUGUUUAAAAAAAAAAAAAAAAGAAAAGAAAAAACAUGAAUUUUCCCACAGGAUUAAGCCAAGGCCUCGGCUCUGGUCUUCGGGGUCGCAGGUUAGAUCCUCUGAGCGACAUUUCUUUACCACGAGUAAUAAAUCACUGAGAGCAGAGUGAAGAAUAAAAGACUGUACUUCAAAGCAGUGUGCGUGUUGCUGUUUUGAUCCAGUAAAAACAAACAAACAAACUAAAAUUGAUUUCAUACAGUUUCACCCCUCUGCGUGUCUUAGACAGUCGUUUGUAACGUACCUGUUUUAACCAGGUUUAUUAUUCGUAGGCGUGCAAAUAAAAAACUGUACAGGACCAGAGAUUGUUACGCAUUCAGAUUAUGGACAGAGCGACCUGCAAUCUGCCAGCCAACCAAAGCAGAGUGUGUUUGUGGGGUGGUGGGGGGAUGGGAAGAGAGGUGGGGAGACGGUGCUGACGUAAUUCGCGUUACAGCGAAUCAAUGUGAGGAAUAAAAUUUUUUUCAACAUAUUUUGUUCUUACUGUUUUAAAGUUAUAAAUGCUUGUUUUUUUUUUGUUUUUUUUAAUAGCGACUGUGAAGCUGGAAGCUGUUAACUAGCUGCUUUAGGGUUGGGGUGCGGUUUUCUACCAUCUAAUAGGAGCUCUGUAAGCUGGUUGACACGGCUGUACGCUUUGUGCGGUGAAAUACCAAGGUUUUGACCUUGCCUUGUGUACAGACCUCAUUACCGAGGCAGUUAUCAAGCAUCUUUUAUAAGCGUUAUCAGCAUAUGGAAAUGUAACGUCAGACAUUGCAGUAGUUUGUGAUCGGCGACGUUUUUUUUCUUUUCAAUUAGAUUUUGGAUUAUUUCUCAAAUACGUACACUUAUUUUUUUUAAUCCACAAAAGAAGUAAUAAAACAACGUUGUCUCAAACCAUUUAUGAUUUAAAGUAGGAACGGGAUCCACCAGGGGUCACCCGAUACGAUACCUAGAGUCCGAUUCGAUUUAUAUCGCGAUUCUAUAAGUAUCACUAUUUUAUAAAUAUCCCGUUCAUUAUUUUCUUUUCUUAGAUUUCAUUACGCAAAAAAAUAAAUAAAUAAAUAAACCUUACUUCUACUGCAUGGGAUUCUGUGCUGCCUGUUAAUCUGUUUUGCGAACCUGUCACCUGAUGGAGGAACUGUAACGUGUAAAAAGAAAUAGAUUUUUAAUUCACUGUGCAGAUACGAUUUGCUGCACCAAAGAGUCGUGUUGCAUUCCUAAAUCAAUUUAUUUACCCCCAAAUCUCUCCUCUUAACGCGUGGAAAUGAGGUUGGUCCUCAUUUUUUGAUUUUGUGGAACAAAUAAAUGAACUCUCCAGCAGUCUAUAUAAAUCUCGGCUCUUGAAGCUUCACAGCCUUCAUAUAUGCAUAUAUAAAUACACACACACACACUUCCCCUGUCACCAAAUUUCCUGAGCACAAUCCAAAUCUGAAACGAGUGCGAUAAAGAAAAAUCUAUUCUGACCCUCACAGGGAAAAAGAUUUUGUCCUUAGCAAGAGAAAUCUAGCCAAAUGUAUCUACAUUUUGAUUCCAACAAACCAAAUAUAAGAUUAUUAAACAAAUUUCUAGUCAAACACUACUAAAUUACCAAAAUUGCAAGAAAAAAUUUUUUCAAUUGGGAGAUAAUUUAGCUUUUUAUGAAAUUAAUUCCUAAAAUUUUGUCUAAGACAUUUUUCGCUUGCAGUUUUAGUAACAUUUGACUAGAAAUGCGUUUAAGAAUUUUACAUCUAGUUUGUUGGAAUCUUAUUUUAGGAAAUUAUAAAUAGAUUUGACUAGAUUCCAGAAUAUUUCACUUGCUACGAUGCUAACAGCUUUUGCAGCGCGUGACCCAGAACCGUGCUGCUGGUUAACCAGUAUUUACAGUUUCACAGUUUUGUUUUUUAUUAGAAAUAACAUUUUUUUAUUAUUAUUUUUUGCUUAUGGAUGGAACGAUGAUGACACAAUACAUCACUAAACCAUACAUUGAUGCUUACAUGAAACCUGAGCAGCAGUUAACUGUGAAUCUAAAGCCCGGGGCUUCUUCUCAACACUCAACCCCGGUGUACUGAAAACCACGACGGUGUGUUUAUUCGGUGCACCAGCGUUCAAGUCGUAGCCGUCCUACGUAUUUUUUUUUCCUUUGCAAACAAACAAUACCACUUUUUUCCAUGCUUAUUUGUAACUUCAGGUUGUUUAUCACAAAGGCCAACUGUUUCUACUAUUGUAUGUUGUGUGCACAACUGUAUUAUUUUAUUUUUAUUUUUCAGUUUGCUGUUAAGUUUUCUGAAGAAACCUGACACACCAGAUGCUAUACAAGUUAAAUAAAAGCGUUUGAAAAAUG